CAGAGACUGCUGGAAAAAGCUUUUUUAUUUUAAAAGGAGGGACGAGUCCCCUGGAAACCGGGCGCUGCCAGAGCCUGCCGGCCUGAUUCCCGAGCCGGGGAGGACGCCACUGCCAUGCUGGAGGCCCCUGGCUGGCCUGUGCGCAGAGCCGAGCACGAUGCCUUUCCUGCACGGCUUCCGCAGAAUCAUCUUCGAGUAUCAGCCCCUGGUAGACGAGAUUUUGGGGCUGCUGGCGAUACAGGGUGCAGAAAGCCAGAGCGCUCUCGAGAGCCCUGCUUGUCUGGGCAGUGACAGGAGCCGGCUGUCCGCUGUGAGACGAGUCUUGGAGAGGGAGACGCACUCCCCUUUUUAUCAGGAAGGCGUGAGCUAUGCCCUGCUGAAGGUCGCUGAGCUGGGGCUCGUCCCCGCAGCGGAGAUCCUCCUGGAGUUCGGGGCCGACCUCAGCUUUGAAGAUCCAGUCACUUACUACACCCCUCUGCACAUUGCAGUUCUCCGCAACCAGCCGGAUAUGGUGGAGCUCCUGGUGCACCACGGGGCUGACAUCAACCGGAGAGACCGGAUCCAUGAGAGCAGUCCCCUCGAUCUGGCCAGCGAGGAGCCCGAGCGGCUGCCCUGCCUCCAGUGUCUCCUUCAGCUGGGGGCCAACGUCAAUGCAGCAGACAAAAAUGGAAAGACAGCGCUGUUGCACGCCCUGGCCAGCAGUGAUGGUGUCCAGAUCCACAAUACUGAGAGCAUCCGUCUCCUGUUGGAAGGAGGCGCAGAUGUCAGGGCCGCCACCAAAGAUGGUGACACUGUCUUCACCUACAUCAUCUUCCUGCUGGGAGAGAUGGUAUGCAGCAACACGGAGGAGGCGCAGGUGAUCAAUCGCUUCUGCUUUCGCGUCACCCAGCUGCUGCUGGCCCACGGUGCUGACCCCAGCGAGUGCCCAGCCCCUGAGUCCCUCACCCACCUCUGCUUCAAAAGCUUCAAACGCCACUUCCCGCUGCUGCGUUUCCUGCUGGAGUCAGGCGCUGCCUACAACUGCUCCCUCCACGGCCCCUCGUGCUGGUCGGGCUUCCACAUCAUCUUUGAGUGCCUCUGCUCUCACCUCAGUGUCUCCGAAGAUGACAGCUUCUCCACAGACCUCAUCCAGAAGGGUCAGACCUUGCUAGAGCUCAUGAUGGCCAGUUCACAAGCCAUCCAGCUGCCCAGCAACUUUGAGGUCAACACCAGCAGCUGCAGGUACCACGGGGAGAAGGUCAGGACUCUCUUCUGCUCUUUGAAGCAGCUGGAGCGUUCCCCCCAGGCACUGAAACAUCUCUGCCGGGUGUUUAUUCGGCAGCGCCUUAAACCGUGGCCAGUGGAUGUCAAAAUCAAGGCCCUACCUCUUCCAGACAGGCUGAAGUGGUACCUCCUCAUUGACCACACUGCUGUUGGGCAUGAGGACCUCUGAGCCCAACCAGUGCCUCUCCGUCUCCCCACCUCUGCAGUCGUGGUGCCUCUUCCAGGACAGCCAGCAAAUCUGGGCCUGGCUUUCUCUGCAGCGAGAUGUGCUGCUGUCCCUGCAGCCAUGGCUUGGUUUGUGCUGCCCACAGUGUCUGUCUCUGCUGCGUUGGGGGGGGGGGUGCGCUUUUUCCGCGCACAAAGCUGCAUGUCCUGUGGAGGCCUCACUGCUGUGUGCAUGUCGGGGAGGCAGGCAGAGCCCCACAGCUCCCAGGGGUGCAAAGAGCCCGCGGGCAUUAGGGGAGCUGGAUACUCAGGUAGAGGGUGGUUCAUGUGGAUUUUGAGAAAAGGCCUGGUGGUCUCGUAGGCAGGACCAGCAGAGCAGUUGGGGAUGGUGUGACUGGAGAGGCAGCCUCUCCUCUCUCUUCCCAGCCCUGCCAGGUUCUGGAUGGGUGAAGCAGUGCCUUAGGUGAGUGGUGGAGUCAGGAGGCACCUCCGGAUGCUGAGAAAAAGAGUUGUUUCCCAUCCCGGAGGCUGAACAGCAGUGGGCAGAGAUGCCCCAGGUCAACCUGGUAUAGUCUGUCCUGCCGGAGAUGCUGGCUCCACGCCCUGGUUUUGUGCCUCCAGUCCUGUUGAAGGGAGCAGCAGUGAUGGAGGCAUGUCCUGCGUGGGUGUGGAUGCCUUUCUUGCUCGCCCUGGUGUCUGAAACCAGGAGCAUGAAGGGGAUGAAGGGAAGGGGGUUGGCAGUGGCAGCCUGGCUGCUCGACACUGAGUUUUUGCUGGGAGCUCCUCAUCCUCCCAGCACGGAGGACAAUCCACCAAGGACAGCUCAGAUGUGGGCUUCAAAGCAAACAGAGGAGCAGCUGUUAUUUGGCUCUGUGGUACGUUCCCUGUGCAAGGACAAGAAACGGGCUGCCAGCUCUGCUCAGGGCCUUGUAGCUCCCUGUUCUUUGGCCUGUUUCAUGUUCCUCUCUGUUUUCCUGCUAAGUACUCCCAGGGCCUUGGUCUCCACUGCCUGCUUCCCAGGAAUGAGAAAUAGCCACAGGGCUCUGGAUCUUUCCAACUUGCCAGGCUGCUACUGGAAGCUCCAUCCUCUGGAGCUGCGUGUGGAGGUCUCGUGCCAGCCCUGCCGCAGCCGUCUGGCUCCUCUUCUAGG